CUAACUUCCCUGUAGUGGGUUGGAGAACAGGAAUAGAAGGGGUAAAGGACACGGUUGUAAUGACACAUGUACAGUUGCUAUUACAUACUGUACUCUGAAGAGAUUGGCCUUUACCUGACUUCAUCUGAGGAAGAGGAUGACCCAGCAGGGACCUACAGCAGCUAUGGAGGAAAGGCUCAGCUGUCCCAUCUGCUUUGAGUUCUUCCAGAACCCAGUGGAUCUGAAAUGUCAACACAGCGUCUGCUGCAGCUGCCUGGAAACACCAACAAGGAUUCAACAAAAGCAGCGCGAGUGCCCAGUCUGCAGGGGAAGGAAUUCCAUAGACAAUAUCCAGCCCGCAAUGUCUAAUAUGAAACUGAGGAACAUAGUGGAGGCCUACCUGCAGGGAGAAGAGAAGAAGGGGAGUGGGGGGAGAGCAGUGGGUCUUGUGGUGUGCGCCAGACAUAAUAAGAAGCUCAGGUUUUUCUGUGAGGAAUGUGAGGAACUUGUUUGUGCUGUGUGUGUGGAGACCGAGCGGCAUGCCAAGCAUAAACACCAGCCAGUGAAGGAGGAAGCGCAAUGGCGUAAGAGGGAAAUCACUUCAUUGAUCUACAACCUUCCUGAGAAACUGGAACUGGACAUAAAGCAAGCGAGAGUCACAAGAAAGUGUGCAGCACAAUACAUCAAGACCCAGGCCCAAACCACAGCAGGACAGAUCAAGAGUGAGUUUGCGAACCUCCACCAGUUCCUGAGAGUUGAGGAGGAGGCCAGACUGGCAGCUUUGAAACAGGAGGAAGGGAUGAAGACAGGGUUACUGACCGAGAGGAUCGCCCGUCUUGCCAGCAACAUGACCUCACUCCCAGGGAGGAUCUCAGACAUACAGACCAAGAUGAAGACCGAUGACAUCUCGUUUCUACAGAUGUACAAGGACUUGAAAGACAGGGCCAAGUAUACAAUGCAGGAUCCAGAGCCUGUAUCGGGGGCCCUGAUAGACGUGGCCCAACACUUGGGAAACCUGAGGUUCAAGGUCUGGAAGAAAAUGCAAGAGAUGGUGCAAUACACCCCUGUGACCCUGGAUGUGAAUUCAGCCCACCCUGAUCUACUGAUCUCUGGGGUCCUCCUGGAGGUGAGUGACAGACGAUCGUCCCAGCCUGUGCCUGAUAACGCGGAGCGAUUCGACAGCUCAGUGAGCGUGCUGGGCUCUGAAGGCUUCUACUCAGGCAUUCACAGCUGGGAGGUGGAGGUGGGGCCUAAGAAGGCCUGGACCCUGGGAGUGGCCAAAGAGGGUGUGGCCAGGAAGGGCAAUGUGAUGGUCAGCCCAGAGGGUGGGAUCUGGGCGAUGGGGCUGUGGAACGGGGAGGAGUAUAGCGCUGGAACCUCCCCCCUGGGUACCCCUUUGGUCCUGAGUAGGAAACCCCAGAAUGUCAGGGUCAAGUUGGACUAUGAGAAAGGAGAGCUGUCCUUCUAUGACUCCAGUGACAUGUCACUCAUCUAUAUGUUCGAACAGAGGUUCACAGAAAGACUGUUCCCCUACUUCUCUCCCUGCCUUAACACCGAUGGCACUAACCCUGGAGUACUGAGUAUCUGCCCUGAGAAGGUGUUUGUGACUGUGACACCUGCUCACUAAGGAUAUUUUCUGGUGAUACUACUUUACGAUCACUCACCGAAGUGUCUGUCUUGGUAAAGUCAGUCACAGUGACUCUAGUGGUGACAGUGAUGUCUGUGACACCAAUGUGUAUUCCGAAACUUUGUCUGGGGCACUUUCCUGUUAAUUAAUUUAUUGAGAGAAUGUG